CCCUCUCCUUCCUAAAUAAGUCUGUGUGUGAGGGAAGGUGAGACUGAGUCGCACGGAGACAGGCAGUCGCAGCAACAACAAGCAGCGCACAGAGACUAUCUAUCCAUCACAAUGGAUUGGGGAACACUCUAUGAGGUCAUUGGAGGUGUGAACAGACAUUCUACAAGCAUCGGCAAGAUCUGGCUCUCGGUUCUCUUCAUUUUCCGCAUUAUGAUCCUCGUCGUGGCCGCAGAGAGCGUGUGGGGUGACGAACAGGCCGAUUUCACCUGCAACACUUUACAGCCUGGAUGCAAGAACGUCUGCUAUGACCAUCACUUUCCAGUUUCUCACAUUAGGUUGUGGUGCCUACAGCUUAUAUUUGUUGCCACCCCUGCCCUUUUGGUAGCCAUGCAUGUUGCUUAUCUGAAACACGAGGAGAAGAGGCAGCUGAAGAAGAAAGGAAACUAUGGGGGAAAGGACUUGGAAGAGCUGAAGCAAAGAAAGGUCAGAAUCAAGGGAACCUUGUGGUGGACCUACACUACCAGCAUCUUGUUCAGAGUCCUCUUUGAAGCUGCAUUUAUGUACCUCUUCUACUUUUUGUAUUCCGGCUUCCAAAUGCAGAGGCUUGUGCAGUGCAACAACUGGCCUUGCCCCAACCUUGUCGACUGUUUCAUUUCCAGGCCUACAGAAAAGACUGUGUUCACCAUAUUCAUGAUUAGCGUGUCUGGCAUCUGCAUGGUUCUGAACGUCAUGGAGCUGUGUUACCUAAUCAUGCAGGCUUCCCUAAGGAGGUCAAAAAAACAGACACUUAGGAAUUCUAACCACAUAUCUGGAAAGGAGGAAAAGCAGAACAUUAUGAACGAGCAAAAAGAACAAUAGCCCUGUGCUUAGGCUUAAUGGUACUUGGGCAGGUAAACUGGCAUUCAGAUGGGAGUAGCCACCAAUGAUUCAUAUGGAGUGUUAACUCCAUCAGAAUGAAUCAGAAACCAGGACAGAUGAUAGCUAAUCCAUGCUUAUGUUCCUGCAAAAUUGAAAAUAGUGGCAACGUGGGUUGGAAUUAAAAUCAUAGUAUUGCACCGUUAGUCCCCUGGGUGAACUAACAGUGUCUGACUAUAACAGUAGACUACAACUAGCUAUCAAGCCAAAGAAUAUUCCCUUACAGAAUAAGGUAGAACCAUAGCAAAAUAUUUGAUUGCUCAGAGUGACGCCAUUUUCUGUAUGCUAAUCACUUCCUGUCCGGCCUACUAACAUAGUCUUUCUACCAGGAAGUGAAAAAAGUAGACCAUGUUGAUUGCGGGCAGUGGCGUAACUAUAGAGGAAUCAGACCCCGCAGUCACAAGGGGGCCCGCGGAACAGGGGGGCCCAGACUGUGGGGUCUGCUUCCUCUAUAGCUAAUAAGAAAACCCCCUCCUCCCCAGCUGCUCUCUUACCAGCGAGGAAGGGGACGCAAGAGAGGACAGGACAUGGGCGGAGUUGGGGCAGAUGCGGGAAAUUGGGUGGGGCAGGAAGUGGGUGGGAGGAUGGGGAUCGGAGUGCGCGGGCCCCUCUGAAGUUUUUCCUUUGCAAGGGGGCUGGGUGCACUCCAGUUAAACCACUGAUUGCGGGCGAGUCCAUAUGGGAUGUGGAGACUUCUUACAAAUACGGCAAGACUGGUUUCUUAGCCACUUUGUUAUUUUGGCUUGCCAGUGUUCUUACGUAUACUUAUUGACGUGUUCUAAUAAUAAUAAGAAAAUGUUGUAGGACAAUCUAUAGUAAUGUAAUGUUGUAUGCUAUUUAUGGAAGAGAAGAAUUUCUACUGACUCAUAGCCCCAUUUAUAACUGAUUGCACACACACUGCCAAUUAAAUGGGCUCAUCAUUUGCAGAUUUUGUACAGCGGUGCUUAAAGACGGAACUGAAAUUUCUGCCAGUUAAAUGGUAUGAUCCAUAGGCUUCUUAUUGAAUAAAUAUGGUUCCCGUUGUUUAAAUCUUAAAUCUCAAUUUUCAAAACCCCAUUUCACUUUCAGUGGGAAGAUUAAUUAUAAGGUGGUAAAUCUGCUCCUGGUGUAGCAAAGCAUGGCAACCAAUCAGAUGUCUUAUUUUAAAUAGCAUAUCAAUAAAUGCUACAUGUUCAUUGGUUGCUAUGGCCUGGAGCAAAUAUUUUUUUUUUUCUAUUCUUUCAUUACCCCCUAAUGUUUUCCAACUGCAUAAACUAAUUACAGGUAUUUUCUAAGCCAGUGAACCUAAACCUGUAGCUCUCCGGCUGCUGUUGAACAGCAAUAGCCAAUAUCCCAAGAUUCCAAAGCAACGGCAAAACAAUAGGUUGAAAAUGAACGUUCAAGAAAGACCGUUGACAAAAGCUUUUCAUCAUUUCGGUCAUCUCUCACUGCUAAGGGCUUUCAUAAAGACUUGUAAAUAGAUGUUUUUUUUUAUUAUUAAUGGUAUUGCUUGGAAAAAACCUUUUCUUAGAAGGUUACGUUGAUGACAUAAUGGUUUAAGCAAUUGUUUUAUCUGUUAGACUUGAAACUCUAAAAUGCAUGUAUAGUGCCAGGAAUAGUUUGCAAUAUGCUGCCUUAGAUAUUUAAUUGAAUAUUAUUAUUUUUUAUAUAUACAUCCAAGGGCAAUAGAUUUUUUUUUGUAAUGAAUUUGUACCAAAUCACUUUCUGCUCUUGUUUGAGCCCUAGAAGAACAAAUGAUCCAAGGCUGAGACCUGUCUCCUAAAGGUGGCCAUAGACGCACAGAUAAUAACCUACAAAACAAUCUUUCGUACGAUAUUAGGUGCGUGUAUGGUGGAAUCCAGCCCAACCGAUGAGCGGACCGAUAUCCAAGUCUUCUGCUGAUAUCGGUCGGCUCAUCGAUCGGGCUGGAUGGAAAAUUUUGAUUGGGUGCCUUUUGAAGGCACCUGAAUAUCAGCCAUUGUUAGUGCUAAAUCGUUAGAUACAGGUAGAAUUUUAUUGUUUCUACCUGUAUAUCUGAUUCAGCUCUACGCGUGUGUGUUGAAACAAACAAUCUUUCCUGGAAAGAACUUUCCCAAGAAAGAUCGUAAUUGUUACAUCUGUGGCCACCUUUACUCUCCUGUAUUGAGUCCAAACGUUCAGCAAAUUGAGGCAGCUGUACUGACAUGGAUAGGUCACUAGGUGGAGAUCUCUAUGCACAAGAUAUUUGAAUUAUAAAUGUAAUUUUGAAAUGCAACUUUUUGUAUUUUAGUUUUUUAUAGUUUAAAUAAAGAAUUGUCUCAUA